CAGGUGGUUUGGUGGGAUUUCUGGAGCCUCUCUGGGGGCAAGUGCAGCCCUUCUUCCCCAUCCCCUCUCCACCAGCUGUAACCCCCCAUCGCCCUCCCUCUGCCUCCCUUCCCCUCCCUCUUCUCCAGCUCCAGACGCAGAUGUGGCUACUCCUGAGUUAUUUGGUGACUCUGCUCAUCCUGCGGCUGGGAUUAGCUGACUUCAGAGUGGUGGGACCAGACCACCCUCUCCAUGUCACCGUGGGUCAGGACAUCGUGCUGCCAUGUCACUUGUCCCCCAGCAUGGAUGCUCGGAGCUUGGACAUCAGGUGGAUCCGGCCCCAGGUCUCUGAAACAGUGCACCACUACCGAAACGGAGAGAACCUGUAUGGGGAGCAGCUGAGGGAAUAUUUUAGAAGGACAGAGUUGAUCAGAGAUGGUCUCUCCCGUGGAAGCCUGGACUUGCGAAUCUCUGGGUUGAGACCCUCUGACGAUGGUCAGUACGUCUGCACGGUGACAGAUGGUGCCUCUUAUGGAGAAGCUACGGUGGAUCUGGAGGUGUCAGCCACAGGCUCUGUCUCUCAACUCUCCCUGGAGGGUUACGAGGACGGGGGCAUCCGGGUGGUGUGUCAAUCGGCCGGCUGGUAUCCACAACCAGAGGUGCUAUGGAAAGAUCCCAACGGGCGGCGUCUCCCCUCGGUCUCCCAGAGACGUUCCUCGGAUGAGAGGGGCCUCUUUGACAUCGAAGAUGUCAUUGUUGUGACCGAUGGGAACAGAGAUGGGAACUGGUCCUGCGUGGUCAGGAACAGCCGCCUCAACCAGGAGCAGGAGACGUCCCUGCACAUCUCAGCUCCCUUUUUCCACAAUGCCCGUCCCUGGAUGGUUGGUGUGGGGGUGCUCCUCGUGGUUUUACUGGUGUUCCUUGGCCUUGGUGUUUAUUUCUUGAGAAGGAAAGUGCUGCAGUCCCGAGAGCUGGAGAAACAAAAUACAGCACUGAAUGGGGAACUGGUUGAACUUACGGAGGAAAGAGAUGCAGCUCUGGAGAAACGAGAUGCAGCACUGGAGGAACAAGAUGCAGCACUGAAAUCCUGGAGAAAGUUUCUGCUUCCCCAGAAUCCAGACGUGGUGACCCUGGAUCCAAAGUCGGCUCAUCCUGAACUUGUCCUGUCAGCGGAUGGGAGAAGUGUGAGAAGGGGAAGAGCACGGCAGGACCUGCCCAACACCUCUGAGAGAUUUGACACUCGGUGCUGUGUGCUGGGCCGGAAGGGGUUCAGGGAGGGGAGGCACUGCUGGGAGGUGGAGGUGAAGGGGGAGGUGGGAGGUGAUUCCUGGUGGGCUGUGGGGGUGGCCAGGGACUCUGUGAACAGGAAGGGGGAUAUGAACCUGAGCCCUGAAGGGGGGAUCUGGGGAGUGGAGGACUUGAAUGGGCAGUUUGAGUCUCUCACCUCUUCUCCCACCUCCCUGGGCCGGGCCCCCAGGAGACUCUGGGUCUGUCUGGACUGCACGCAGGGGCUGGUGACUUUCAUCGAUGCCAAGAGUGGGGUCGAGAUCUUCACUUUCCCACCAGCCUCGUUCAAUGGAGAGAUCAUCCGACCCUGGUUUUUGGUGGAUACACAGGAAACCCAGCUGUGCCUGAGGGGCAGAACCUCCUAGACCCUCUGCCCCCCUUCCAUCCCCACCUCAGCCCCGGACAGCCCCUGCCCUGCUGCAGACACUGCCCGCUCUCCUCUCCUCCAUCCCGCAGCAGCACAUGUCCCUCUCUGCCCUGCCCA